AUGGAGCAGUGUGAAGAGGGAUAUCGGAGUCAUCAGUCCGGUGCCAUCUGUGCCGGCUCAACAUGCCAGAUCUCCAGUGCACCUUCCCAGCCCGAGGAUCCGGUUAGCAGUCUGGUGCAACCUGGGCCGGCUCCACGGUUCUGGCCUCCAGUGCACCUCCCCAGUCCGGUACGUCCUGUGCCUCCUCAUCGCACUCGCCCUGAAGUGCGUGUUCCCAGUCCGGUAUGUCCUGUGCCUCGCACUCGCUCUGAAGAGCAUGUCACCAGUCCGGUGCUACCUGUGCCGGCUUCACGCAUCAGGCCUCCAGUGCACCUCCCCAGUCCGGUACGUCCUGUGCCUGCCUGCUCCCGCACUCGCCCUGAAGUGCGUGUCACCAGUCCGGUGCUACCUGUACCGGCUCCACGCACUAAGCCUCCAGUGCGCAUUCACAGUCCAGAGCUUCCGGUGGCGGUUCACAGUCCAGAGCUUCCGGCAACGGUUCAGAGCUUCAACCCUUCGGUUAUGGCAAGCCUAAAUAAGCGACGGUCCAGCGACGGUCUGGAAUGUCCAGCAACGGGCAACGGUCAGGGACCUCCAGCGAAGGGCAGCAGUCCGGAGCUUUCAGGCACGGCGUCCAGUCCAGCUCCAUAG